AUGCUACCUCCUUAUACUACUACUGUUAGGCAGAAUCGAAAGAUUGUUGAGUCUGUUGAUGCAGGUGAGGUCAACCAAUACAAAUACAAGGUAGGGAAGCUGAAUCAGAUGGGACCUCUCGAAGUUGAAGUAAAUCUACCAACCUUUGUUCCCGGGCAGGUAAAUUUGUCCGAACUAAAGGAAAGUUUUGGCAAACUUAACCUGACAGAAAUAAUUACAUCGACAUCGAUGUCUAAUACUGUAGCAUACUCUGCCGCCCUAACCGCAGAGAAAUUGUUGGACGAAGUAAUUGAAAUUGCAGAAUUUUGGACUGAUGAAAAUCUAAGGCAUCUGUCUUGUACUGGCCCACAGGAGGUUUGGGUAAGUUACGAUAAGAAGGCUUAUAUCGACCGUUUAGACGUACGUGGAUCAGACGUGAAGUCUUUUAUGUCCACUUGUUUGGACUGGAAUGGUUACCCAAGUGGAAUUUCUGUAACAAGAAAAGGAGAACUGGUGUACACAGAUAAAAAGUAUGGAUUUGUUAAUGUUUACCGAGAUGGAAGACAUAAACCACUGAUUAUGGUACAACAGGGAUGGCAACCGAUUGCAGUGUAUUGUACAAAAUUAGAGGAUUUCCUUGUCUCUUUAAAAUCGGUUGAUGAUCGUGUGUGUAAAAUUAUCCGUUACAAAGGAAAAGCAAUCAUUCAGGAAAUGGCCAAGGAUAACCGAGGUGAUCCGUUAUAUAAAGGAGGAAAUAAAAUGCUCUAUGUGACGGAAAACAUCAACAGUGAUGUCAUUGCUUCUGAUUGCAAUGCCCAAAUCGUUGCCGUAGUUAACAGUACAGGUGCACUGCGAUAUCAUUUUAAAGGACAUAAGUCGAUCAAGGGUAAAUUUACUCCUGGCUGCACUGUCACUGAUUCAAAAGGUCGUAUCUUGGUGGAAGAUGAUGGGAAUGAUUGUAUCCAAAUCAUCGAUCAGGAUGGACAGUAUUUAAAACAUCUGAAUUAUUGUGGAAUACUGAGCCUGGACACACUCGGGCGACUGUGGGUGGGAAAGUUUAUUGGUAAAAAAGUGAAUCUGAUCAAAUAUACAGAAUAA